AUGGAUUCUCCAAAGCAGGAGCACCCUAGUGCGCGCUUUGCAGAUGAUGAGAUCGAUGGCAUCAACGUGCGUUCGGCCGUGCCCGACAGGCCUUUCUACAAGGUCGUGCAGGACAAAGAUGGGCUGACAUAUGCCCAGGGUGUCCGGCUGCAGACUGACAAGGUUGAGCGGGCGAACCGCCGCUUACAAUCCUUGGAAGCAAAGGAGAUAGAAAUCCAGACAGAGAAUGUGGCUGACAGUACGGAGACGGAGGCGCUUGCGGACGAGGCUGUCCUGGCGGAGUUUCUCCGGGCUGUGGCCCCAACCAUGGAGCAGGAGUUGCUCCUAGCUUGGCAUACCUUGCCCGUCUUCGAGUCAUAUGUGCCAGUCUGGGAUGAUGUGGCCGAGACAUGCGAGAUGACUCAUCAGGUCUGGAAGGAGGGCCUUGUGGAUCUUCAGGUUACCAGUGUAGCCUGGAACUCUACUGGGGCGACCUUGGCAUGUGCUUACGGCAGACUGGACACGCUGGGAUGGUGCAACGUCACUGCGCCAGUUUGUGUAUGGAACAUCUUUCGGCCGCAGCUCGUGGCCGGAGAGCCUGAUACAGUCAUCCAGGUGCAAGGCUUUGUCAUGUGCGUGGCCUUCCACCCGACAAAGCCCAGCGUGUUAGCUGGUGGCACUUACAACGGUGAGCUGCAAAUCUGGAAUACCGGCGCAGGAGAACUCGACCCGUCCCUCGGCAACGAAAGCUAG